UGUUAUUAUCUCGCGACUCGCGAGACAUCCGGGUUCUGAGCGGAUUAUUUUCUCCCUCCCCCUUUUUCGUUGUGGUAGUUCGCGCUGGAAGAAGAUAUCGGGGCUGGGUUGUUGCUACGGCGGAACAAGCGGCCUAGGAAGAUUUCGGUCUUAAGCUCAAUAUCAGCCUGUUGAUCAAGCCCGGUGGAACCCCCUCUUUGCACAAUGAGCACCCAGGGUGAAGAAGAUGCCAGCUCAGAAUUGGAGAAAAAGGAGACACGGGCAGCGAGGGUAUAUUAUUGUGAGAUCUGUAAAGUUCCAUGUAUGAAUGCUAUGAUGCUCCAGACACACUAUGCUGGAAUAAAGCAUAAAAAGAGAGAGAGAAUUCUGAAGGCAAAAGGUGAUCCAGUAAUAUAUCAAGAACCAGAUCCAGGAUAUAAACCACUUGCAAAAUAUAUAAGGUGUCUGAAAGAUUACAUGAAGGAUCCAAAGAGAGACGAACCUCUUGUCGGCUUGGAAUAUGUGGUUGAAGUACGAUUUAAAGGGAGAAGAGAACCUUCUUAUGAAUGCCAGCUAUGCUGCUUUACUACAGAAUUGGCACCACUGAUACAACAUCUCAUUGGCCAAAGACACAGAAAAUCAUAUCUUAUGAAACAUCAUGCAGAAAAAGCAAAAAGGACUGCAAACGAUGGGCAAGAAGAUAAAGUUAGAUUUCUUAAACGGAUAGCAAAAGAAGUAGAGGAGGCUGAAGGUUUAAAAAUGUAUAAGCGUGAACGUUAUGAGAGACCCAGCACUUCUUCCUCGAGAGCAAAAGCUGGAUUCAAACCUGAGAAUGAUCCAGUCCGGAGACAAAAAGCCCUGGAAUAUAUGGAAAACUUUGAGAUAACAUCAGAUUCAGAAGCAGCUCUGGUAAUAAAUAUUGCACAAUCUUUGUCAGAAGCUUUGACGGCCUUUUGUGGAAGGAAAGCUGCUAUUGCUCAUAUUAGAAGCCUUCCGCCUUUGAUGUCACCAGUAAGAAGAGAUGCACGGCAGCAUACACCUCAUAAGCCAUUUGAAGGCAACAAAGAUGAGCCAGGAGAUAAGAACUGGAAUCCAGGGCAUGUGUCUAAUGGACUUGUACAGUUACACUCCCUAUUACAGCAAACACCAAGUACUUCACUCAAUCCUACUACUUCUUAUGGGGGCCAAAUAAGGGAGAGAAUGUCUUCAAGUGGCGUUAAAAUGAGGGAGAGAGCCUCUUCAUAUGGUGUAAGUUCUCAAGAUCUUGCAACAAUGUCUGCCCUCCAGAGUUCAUUUGCUCAUCAGUCUGCUUGUGGAAUCAAUGAAUGGAUGCAGCAGUUCAACCAAUCUGCUUCAACUUAUUUCCAACCAACUCCAGCGGUUGAAAUACCCAGUAAAAUGGCAGACAGUGGAAUAAGAAGUUGGGAUAUGAGAGCGUCACAACCUGUUAUCCCUGCAACCUACCUGCCUGUAAGAGGGUAUCAAGCAACUCCUCCUUCACAAGGAUUAUCCUCUUGGUAUCCUGAAGGGUCAGGGAAUGUUAAUCUGCUCUCUGGGCCUUCUUUUUCUUCGGAAAGCAACCAUCCUGGCUGGUCACAACAAUCUCUAUACCAACUUGCAAACCUUGCAAACCUCAGAAAUGAUGCGAAGUCUUACCCAGUCUUUUCUGGUAGUAAUUCACACAGUGCUUACCAGCACCUGAAUAAUGCGAUGGGUGGAAAUAGUGGUGGCCUUACUGCCGACAUCAUGAGCCAACUUCGAGGAAAGGAUAUUGUCACAUUGACUAGUAUGCUUCAGCAGCUGGUUCCCCAUUAUCCAGACCUUCAAAAAGUGGAUCUUCAUGCAUUAGCCCAAGCUCUGAAUGCAAUGAACUGAAAAACCAACAGCGCCUGCUCUAGAAAACAUGAAGCUUCCAUCCCUUUCAUGAAGCUCAUCAACUAGCAGCUGGCUUGCAUCCAAACUUUCUUCAGAACCAAGACCAUUUCUACUGUAUCUAAAACCUGUUUAAGUUCUGGAUUUUUAAAUAUACCAAACCUAUUGUGAAUGUUGAAUAUCUACUAAAAUCAGAAAGUUUUGUUAAAUCUCUUGGUUUCUCCUAGUGCUGUUUCUACUUUGAAGCUUUAGGUAAAUUCUGUUAAGUGACAAGAUUCCUCUGCCUGCUGUACUGUUGUGCACAAAUAAAAGUAACUUUCCCAUAAUUGAAUUCUGAA